CGGCAAGAUCACAGUGGUUUUUUCUUCCUCUUCUGCGCUUUUCUCUCCUCUUCUCAAACUCACAACUUGAGAACCAAAAGGAAGAAGAAAAACCAAAGCUCUAGCGCCUGCGCUGCUUGCUUCCGAGAGUUUGCGAGCUCUUCGUUGCUGGUUCGUUCGUUCGUUCGUUCCUUCUUUCCUCGCUAACUCGACUCGGUCGAACAGGAAAGACGAUCAUGACGAUCCAGGAUUUCCAGAGCAGUGGAAAGGCCACAGUCCUGGCCGUCGGCACCGCGGUUCCGCCAAAAGAGUUCGACCAGAGCACGUACCCCGACUUCUUCUUCAACGUCACCAAUUGCAAUGAAAAGGUGGAGCUCAAGGGCAAGUUCCAGCGCAUCUGUGACAGGUCAGGCAUAAAAAAGAGACAUUUUUACCUGGACGAGGAGAUCCUCAAGGCCAACCCGGGGAUGUGCACGUACAUGGAGGCGUCGCUGGACGUGAGGCAGGACAUCGCGGUGCGGGAGGUUCCAAAGCUGGCCAAGGAGGCGGCCCUCAAGGCGAUCAAGGAGUGGGGGCAGCCAAAGUCGAGAAUCACGCACUUGGUCUUCGGCACCACCAGCGGGGUCGACAUGCCUGGGGCCGACUUCCAGCUCCUCAAGCUCCUCGGCCUCCGCCCGAACGUCAAGCGCGUCAUGCUCUACCAGCAGGGCUGCUUCGCCGGUGCCACCGUCACCAGAGUCGCCAAGGAUCUGGCCGAGAACAACCCCGGAGCUCGAGUCCUCGUUGCAUGCAGCGAAGUCACGGCGGUCACCUUCCGGGCUCCGUCCGAGACGCACCUCGACGGACUGGUCGGCUCGGCUCUGUUUGGCGAUGGCGCCGCGGCUCUCAUCAUCGGCUCCAGUCCCACUCCCGUUGAGAAGCCACUGUUUGAAGUCCACUGGAGCGGACAGUGCGUUCUUCCCGACAGUGAUGGAGCAAUCCUGGGACACCUGCGCGAGGCCGGCCUCGUCUUCCACCUCCUCAAGGACGUCCCCGGCAUCAUCUCCAAGAACAUCGAGAAGCUGCUGGCAGAGCCUCUCGACUAUGUCAAGAGCGUGGACGAGGCGAGCCCGGCCUACACUGACUUGUUCUGGGUGGUCCAUCCCGGAGGUCCCGCGAUUCUCGAUCAGGUAGAGGCCAAGCUCAAGCUCGACAAGGACCGGAUGCAGGCCACUCGCGACGUGCUAGCACAGUAUGGAAACAUGUCGAGCGCCUCUGUUCUCUUUGUUCUCGACCAGAUGAGGAAGCGGUCCGUGGAGCUCAACAAGGAUACCACCGGGGACGGAUUGAAGUGGGGUGUGAUGCUCGGUUUCGGCCCCGGCCUCACGGUUGAGACUCUGCUCCUCAAGAGCAUCUAGGCAAGAUUUGCAGUGCCCGAGAAACAACAUAAAAGGUGAGGGGGUGUCAGUAGAUCAUGCAUUACAGGGGGAAGACAAAGUACUACCAUGAAGUACAAACAAAAGUUGUUUGUAGAAAUGCAAUCGAAGAGUCACGAGCGAGAUGGAUUUCCUAAGCACGAAUAAAAACAGAAAGAAAACCGUGAGCAAGAUGAAGAAAAUGUGUUUGUAAUUUUACGUACUCGAGCAGAGGCCGACCAUAAAGAAGUUAUCCUUCAUUUCG